CUAACUUUGAUAAAGAGGAUUAUUUAUCAAAAAUAGAAUUUUAUCACAUUAGGAAGUAUUAUACAGCAUUACUGAUGAUCAUCUUUAUCAUUAUUAUAUUUAGUAUUCCAUCAGCAUCUAAGACAAAUUACACUUGA